AUGUCAAUGGACAAUCAUCAAAUUUUACAGAAACUUAUUAAUAAUUUGUCCAGUGAUCUUCGACAACUUUCGAAUGAGACAAAAAAAAAAUAUUCUCCUAUCAAAGAGGCGGCCGAAGCAUGUAAUAUGAAGUUACGUGAAUACAGUAUGAUUAAAGAGAAUCUCAGUACAGUGAUGCGUGAUGCGAGCGUAGAACUGUUGCAACCAUUCGCACUUGGCUGCGAUACAAAACAAAUUAAAAUUGUUCAAUUAUGUUUAACGGCAAUACAGAAACUUUUACAACAUCAUAUUAUUAAUCAAGCUUCGGCCGCUACAACGGUGAACAUACUUAGUAAUUUAUGUGAUCUGAAUACAGAAGAACUAAAGAUCUUACAAACAGUUUUGUUACUUGUUAAUACAACUUCUGUUGUUGUACAUAAUACACUAGCAAACUUAUUUGUCAUUACAUUUCGAUUAUGUCUCAGUAAAGAUCCGACGAUUGUCAAUACAGCGACAGCAGCAGUUAGACAGUUAAUAACUGCUGUUUACGAUCGUGUAAUUGAAGAAGAUUCACAAGUAUAUGAGAUUCCAUCUACAGCAUCAUCUCUUAAAACUGAACGACCAUUAUUACAAGAAACUAAUUUGAUCAAACAUUCAAAAGAUUCUUUAAAUGUUGAAGCAUUACGUCCAUAUGCUAAAGAUGCCUAUUUAUUAUUUCAAGAUUUAUGUUAUUUAGCAAAUGGCGAUCAAUCAGUAUGGUUAAUUGGUUUAACAGAAAUAACUCGAACAUUAAUAUUAGAAUUAAUCGAAACAAUUUUGAUACACUAUGCGUCUAUAUUUUAUCACCAUGAUGAAUUGCGAUAUUUAUUAAAAGAACGAGUAUCACCAUUAAUAAUUAAAUUAUUUUCACCCGGAAUGAAACACGUUGCUAAAAGUGAAAAAUUAUCAACAAAUAACGUUCAAAUGGGUAGUGGAAAUUUGUACGAUGGCGCUUAUUUUCCACUAAUAGCACGUCUUCUAAGACUUGUAUGUAUUCUAGUUCGUUUAUAUUUUUCGUUAUUAAUUACUGAAUGUGAAAUAUUUUUAUCGUUAUUAAUCAAAUUAUUAGAACAAGAUAAACCCAUUUGGCAACGUUCAUUAGCCAUCGAAUGUAUUCAUAAAAUAUUAAUACAACCAAAUCUCUUAAAAUUGUUUUGUUUAUCGUACGAUAUGCAACCACAUGCAAGCAAAAUUUUAAAGGAUUUAACCAAUGGAAUCAGUUCAUUUAUCCAAUCAUUUUUCAAUAAUAAUUCAAUUUCGACAUCAUCAAAUGCUGCUAUUUCAGUUCAAGCAUCUUCGACAUCGACGAUAACCGAGAAGAAAAACAGUGGAAAUACAAAAUCAGAUAAUACAAAUUCAUACAAUGGUGGUAGCAAUACGAAUACUGUAUUAUUCGUUUAUCGUAGUUUAUGUGUACCACAAUAUGUAACGUAUCAGCAAGGUCAAGCAAAAUGCCUUUAUUUAGAAAAUUGGGAAAAAGUUGAUUGUCCACUAAUACCCGAUUCUUACGGUGUUGUCAUUGCUUUUGCAUGUAUGUUAGAACUGGUUCGUAACGUUCAACUAAUUAUUGAAGGUAAUGGAAUGCGUGGUGAUGUUAUACCCGGUUCACAGUUAAAAACACCUAUACAAAUUAGACCAUUUGAUAAAGUAACAUUAGAUGAAAGAAAUGAAUAUAUUGAAAUAAUGAAUUGUACGUGGCCAAGUAUACUUGUGACAUUUACACUGUUGUAUGAUGUUUGCUAUGAUGAUACAGCAUGUGAACACAUAUUAAAAGUAAUUCAAACAUAUAUUUCAUUAUGUGGUCUUCUACAGAUGAACAUUCAGCGUGAUGCAUUUGUUACGUGUUUAUGUAAAAUAGCAUUGCCACAACACUAUAAUAUUCAUGUACUAAAUAAGUAUAAUAAUAAUACAGCAAAUGGAAGUGCAGAGAUGAAUUUAUUACAAAAAAUAACGUCCUCAUUAUCUCCUCAGUCGACAUCAAACGAUUUAGAUAAACAACAAGUAGUGAUCGUGGGAACACCAUUACCAAUGAUAAACGUAUCGACAAGUCAAACAUCAGUUAUGUUGACAUCGAAAAAUAUUCAUUGUAUGCGUGCUAUAUUAGCUGUUGCCCAUUGUCAUGGCAGCAUAUUAGGAACAUCGUGGCAUCUUAUUUUGGAAACGUUGCAACAUUUAGUAUGGAUAAUUGGUUUUCGACCAUCAACUGGCGGGAUACUGAAACAUGUGGGUGUCACAAGUGACAAUACAAAUUCUGUCAAUUCACCAGUUAUUGUCACAGGAGCAACAGCUGAUUUACCCAUAUUAUCAGCAAUGCUCUCUCGUUUAUUUGAAUCUUCUAAAUAUUUAGACGAUGUUGCUUUACAUCACUUAAUUGAUGCCUUAAUACGUUUAAGUAUUGAAUCAAUGGAGGUAGCUGUUAAUGUUAGGGAGCCAUCAUUAUUUGCCAUUGUUAAAAUAUUAGAAACUGGUUCAGCUAAUCUAAAUCGAAUUGAUGUUUGGUGGAAGCCAAUAUCAUCACAUUUAAUUGAAGUUUGUCAACAUACCAACAUUCGUAUGCGUGAAUGCGGCACAGAAGCAUUAACAUUAUUAGUUCGAAAUGCUUUAGAUCAUAAAUAUGAGAAGAACUUAUUUGAGAAUGAACGUUUGCUACACAUGAUUAUCCAACCGCUGCAGGAAUUGUCAUUAAUUCAACAUUUUGAUGUUAGACAAAAACAAUUAGAAUGUACAUUAUCUUUAUUGAGAAAUAAUGGGCAUACAUUACAAACUGGAUGGCCGUUAGUAUUGAAUAUAAUUGGGUCAAUAUCUCGUGAGCAUACAGAAAAUCUAAUCCGUUUAGCUUAUCAAUGUUUACAAUUAGUUGUUACAGAUUAUUUACCGACAAUACCAGUACAAUAUUUAGGAAUAUUAAUUAAGGUUGUGGCCAAAUUUGGUUUUCAAGAACAAGAUUUAAAUAUGGCCUUAUCAGCUAUUGGUCUACUAUGGAAUAUGACAGAUUAUCUAUUUCGAAUGAAAGAACAAGAACAACAAUUGAAAAAUGUAAACGAUUUUCUAGAUAUUAAUGAAAUAUAUGAUAAUUUAACGCCUAUCGAAGAAUUAUGGAUGAUAUUAUAUCGAAAAUUAAGUGAAUUAACCAUCGAUCAACGCCCGGCUAUCAGAAAAUCUUCAUCAUCCACUCUAUUUACAAUGAUAACAUCACAUGGACAACUGUUGAGUGAAUAUGCAUGGAAUAUAUUGCUUUGGCAAGUAUUAUUUCCAUUAUUCGAGCAAGUUGAACAACUUUUUCAUACAUCAUCGAAAGAACGUGAACAACAGCAGCAACAAAUUCGUUCAGCUAAUGCCACAUCUGCACAAGACAUAAUGAUGCAUCAUUCACGUGAUACACCAGAAAAACAAUGGGCGGAAACAUACGUUAUGAUAUUAACCGGUAUUACAAGAACAGUACAAAUAAAAAAGGAAUUUCUAUCCAAAUUGGACGAUUUUCCAAAAGUGUGGACUAUCUUAUUGACCAACAUAGAAAAGUCUUCACUAGCUAAAAAUCCAGAAAUAGCAUUGGCUGCAUUAAAAUGUUUCAACGAAUUAGUAAGUCCAGCCUCGUCGUCAACAACUACCACUACCAAAACGGUUUCAGUCGAUAUACAUUCCACUAAACAGCGGACACCACCGCCAUCAACUUCUUCUGAUGAUCAACAAUUAUGGCAUCAAGCGUGGGUUGUGUGGUUAAAUAUUGGACGUUGUUGUACGAAAUGUCCACCCGAAAAGGUGAUUGUUAUUGAUCGUUAUGAUUCAAAUAUACCAUCACAAA